AUGGCGCGCAAGCGAAGCCAACCGUCAAAGGCUGUCCCGUCCAAGGCCGGCGUGCUGAAACCCUCGCAGAAGUUCAUCCACGCAAAAUCUGGAAAGCUGUCGAAGACCAGAUUGCCAGCGCUGUUCAGCGACUCUGAACUCUGGGACUCGCUCACGAGCGAGCAGCAGAAAGAUGUGCUGGAUUCCAUCCAAGUGCACGUGUUCUUUGGCGAAGGCCAUCCAACACAGCUCGAGUCGGGCAAAUACAGGAAUUACUUCACAACGCCGGAUCAGGCCGCUGCACGUACGACUCACGAUGCAGCGAUGGAGUCAGGCUCCGUCGAGACAAUGACGAGCGAUGGCUACUUCGACAUCGCAGACCACCUGCACCGCUUCCACGAGCAUCUGAUCGAGGGGCGGUUUGAGCCGCGAUGGAUGAAGAGGGCGCAGGAGAUUUGCGCACAGCGAGCGAGAGGCGACUACGACAACUUUUGGCAGUACGACCGGGAAACAGCUUUGAGCGACGAGUCGAGAAAGAAAGUCGACCAAGUCCGGACCAAGAGGAUGGACAGACAACAGAAGGGCCUCGAAUGA